AUAUCGGACCUGAAAAAAUCGGACCGCCGGACAUGAAAAUUCAGUGUAGUGCACAAGCGCCCUCAGUGUCAAUUUGUUUUGUUGACACAAAUUGACAUUGACACUUACAAAAUGGAGAAAUUCCAAAUAAAAUGUAAAAUAUGAGCCACUUUCAAUCCUAUUUUAGAGAUAUUGGAUAGUCAAAAUCGACAUGUAUUUUGUAGCACGUCAAUUGGAAUACAAAAUUCUAAAUUCUGUUAUAAGAUGCUACAGUUUUGCUAGAAAAUCACACUAUGAAAUUCUCAGGUUGCGUAAAAAUUGCACUGAAAAAGAAAUUAAAGAAGCUUUCAUCAAAAUGAGUAAAGAGUAUCAUCCAGACAAAAACAAAGAUGCAGCAGCUCAAGAUAAGUUUGUUCAAAUUGUAGAAGCAUACAAUGUAUUGAGUAAAGCUGGCAGCCGAGCUAAAUAUGAUAGUGCACAAAAUUCAUCAGACUCCACUUAUGUCUAUAGAACAUACAAUCCUUAUAACAUGAGAAGAAAUUCCAAUACUCAAUAUUCCUACCAAUACCAAACUCAUAGUCAAAAUUCUCAGAAUACAUCACAAAGCAAUUCAUUUUAUGGUGUGAAGGGACUGAAAAAAGUGCCAAAUUAUGUGAUCAUCCUUCUUUGUUGUAGUCUUGCCAUGGUAGGCUGCUUACUCCAAAUGUUUGUCAUCAGGGAAAUGUACAUGAUUCAACGUCGGCAAGCGAAUGAAAAGUCAAAAUAUCUUGCUGAAGAAUUGGAAAAGGUACGUGCUGCAGCUAAAGAAAACGCCAACGAGGUACAGACUAGACUUUUGUUGGAGAAAAUUGUGCAAGCAGCCAAUCCCACAGUCGCCACCGCGUCACUAGGGCAAGCAUUGGCCAGUGAGAAAAAGUGAUUCAAUCUCCUUUUAUUUUAAUUUUAGCUAUGUGCUAGUUGACAAUAAUUACACUGAUAAGAUAUUUGGUCGACAAAGCGCAUUUUUGUUGAAUCGUACAGACAAAACUGUCAAAGAAUCAUGUCCACUUUCCAUUCACAGAUUGACUGUUUUUUUAAAGGUCGCCCAUCAUUAGUGAUUGUAUAAAUAAUUUUUUGUUUAACAUACAAUCACAACAUUUUUUUAUUUGAAGGCCAGGGAGAUCCGUAAUUUGUAAACAAAAAAAUAUUAAUUCGAAAAAUGUAUCAAAUCGUUCUCAUUGAAAAAACUAUUUGCCUUAAGUACAAAUUGAAUUGAAACCUGAAAUCCAAGCGACAUAUUGAGGCGCAUAUGUUUAUUGACUAACGGUCAGUUGCACAAACGUCCAUUUUUAACAAAUUUUUUUUUUUGGAUAUUUAAGUUUCGAACUUUGCAAAUUUCAGUUUUUUGAUAUGUUAGUUAAAAGGAACGGAAAUUACACUAUCUUUGGUCCAUUCGUUUCCUGCAAAAAUCAACUUUUGGUAGAGUCGCUAUCUAGUGAGGUACUUUUUAAUUCUUUUUUUUUUCUUAAAAUACUUCCUCAUUGACACCAUGCUUUCCUAUAAAACUAUUGCUAUAUAGCGCAGGGACAAGGUAACAAAAUAACUCGAUAAUAUUCUUAACGAGAAAUGCUUAAAAAUCCACUAGCCUCAGAUACUCUGAGAUGGGACUCGAACCUAUCGCAAUCAGGGCGACUGCUGUAACUACUGAGUUACCCAGGACCUAACAAGACUUGAAUUUUUCAAGCACUUGAAAUUGCAAAACUUGUGAGCACAUUUUUCACUAUGUUCAGGCAAUCCACCCAAACAGACGAAAAAAUAUUUUUACAAAUAUUUUUGAAACUUUAGAUUAGAUGAAAAUUUCACUAAGAUGGACACCUAUUUUUAUAUAAAUUUGUGUAUCUGUACUAGUUAGUAAGUAUUAUAAUGUGUGUAAAUAAAUUUUGUUAAAUAAUAGUAAAUUAAGUAAUAAUAGUAUAUAUAGUACAUGCAGAUAGUUAAAUAAACUCUUAGUCCAAUUUUUUAUUGUUAAAUAUUUGUUAGUAGAUUUGUGUACAUUUAUACAUAUAUGUACAUACAUUAUCAUAAUACUACGUUUGUAUUGUUUUUAAGUGAAUUUUGCACAAAUCCGUAUUCUUUUAUAACGGAUGUAUUUUGCACUUAUAAUGUAAAAUUUUUACACGUUUAUUGUAGUGAAUUUUUGUAAAUAUAGAGUAGAAACAAUUUAUUGUACAUUUUGUAAUUAAAAAUAUUCAUACAACGCUUUUAUCUGUAGUCAGAUGAUAUUUUUCUAGAUAUCUCGGAGAUUUGUAAAGAUAUUUAUUGUAAUAAAUUGUUGAAUAUUGUUUUAUAGUAAGUUAUUUUUUUUUUUUUUCAGUAUGUACUUGUUCCGUUUCGUUUUGUUGAACACUAGCGACAUUGA